AGGACAUGAAAGCAGGUUUUACUUCCCGAUUAGGCUGAGAAGGAGAGCCGAACCCACCGCAUAAAGAGCACCGUUUCAGCAGCCGGAGUUACCCCUGCGCCAGGUUCCACAUAUGACAGCGGGGACGAACUAAGCACAAGAUGUUGAGGUUCACCACACUGGUGCUGUUGGGAGUAGUGGGCUGGGGCGGCGCGUGUUGUUCCGUAACGUGUCCCGACGGCAAACUCUGCUCUGAUUUCUCCACGUGCUGUAUGACUAAACAUGGGUACGCCUGCUGCAGUUACCCUCAAGCAGUGUGCUGUUCCGACAUGGCCCACUGUUGCCCGGCGGGUUUCCAAUGCAACCUGGAGACCAAGAUGUGUGAGAAAGGGGGCCAGCUGUGGGUGAAUAUACUACCUAUGCUGGAGAAAGUACCUGCAGAGGACCCGAGCGCCCCCGCCCUCCCCAUAUCUCCUCUUCAAGGCCCAGAGGACAGCCUAGUCUCAGACCAUGCCGUGGAGCAGAAGAGCUCAGCCUACUGUGACCGCUACUAUGUCUGUCCCGAUAGGACAACGUGCUGCAGACACCCAGCAGGCACCUGGUUCUGUUGCCCCUACUACCCUGGCAGGUGUUGUCUGGAUGGCUACCACUGUUGUCCAUACGGCUAUGACUGCGACCUCACUUACACACACUGUGUGAGGCAAAGCCUGAGGUUCCCCUUCAGCCCGAGACAAGCCCCGUCUUCAUUCCCUGCCUCUCGGAUUUCCGACUCGGAGCGAGAAGACAGGUGGCAGGAGAAACCUAUGGCAGCGGUAACAGAGACACACAACAGUGGCCCCAACACUGGAUCCAUUCGCUGUAAUGACAGGUUCUACUGCCCAGGAGGGAAGACAUGCUGCCAAACACCUGCAGGCCAAUGGGGCUGCUGCCCCUACCCACUGGGCCAGUGCUGUACAGAUGGGGUGCACUGCUGUGAAUAUGGGUAUACCUGUAGUGAAAAAUCCAUGCUUUGCAGCAGAGGGUACUCUCAGGUUUCCUCCAGACAAAAGGAACGUGCUAAAGAAUACUGACAACGCCUAC